CAAAUCUCUCUUCAUCAAGAUCUUUUACGCAAUAGUCCAUUGAAAAAAAUUUUCGAGCAGCCCGACCAGGCCUGCAUUAACAAAUUCAUUGUUAAUUAAUAAAAACAAAGUUAUAACAAUGUUGCGAUUUGUUGCCGGACGUAUCGGCUCAGCUGUCCGUGGUGUUGUUGCCGUACCCAGGACUUCCGCAGCUAUUGGCGUUACUUCAACUAGAAAUUCUUCUCAUGGUCCUGAGGAAACUGACGAAGAAUUUGAUACUAGAAUGGAGAAUUACUUCAACCGCAAGGACAUUGAUAGCUGGGAAAUUCGUACUGCAAUGAAUGAUUUAGCUGGUAUGGAUCUUGUCCCUGAACCCAGAAUUGUAAGUGCAGCAUUGAGAGCUUGUCGUCGUUUGAACGAUUACGCAUUGGCUGUCAGAUUUCUUGAAGUUGUCAGAUACAAGGGUGGUGACCAAGCUCAUGUUAUUUGGCCAUACAUCGUCCAGGAAAUCAGACCAACUCUUGAUGAAUUGGGAAUCCUCACCCCCGAAGAAAUGGGAUACGAUAAACCAGAGUUAGCUCUUAUUUCUCCAUACGAAGUGUAAAUUAAUAAUAAAUAAAAUAAUUGCUUAAAUAAUAACAACCAAAAGAUAAAAUUAGUCUUAUUUAAGUAUCAGUUGUCAAACUGGAACAUAUAUUGGAGUUAGUUAAUGCUAUAAUAAAUUCAUUGUAAUAUUUUCUUGUUAAAAUAUCAUUGUGAGUAAAUAUAAUAACGAUUUAAUAAACAAAUAAAUAAUCAAUAAAUUACUAGUAUUAAAGGUAUUUAAGACAGUAAUUACAGUUAAAUUUCCUUUUACAUUUAAGUUGUACAUUGAUUAUUGAUAAAAAGUAACAAAAUUAAAUUAAAUAUCCAGAAUUUUUGAUUUUUAUUUUUCUUUCUUCAUUUUUUUUUUUUUUUUUUUUUUUACUUGUUACUAUUUCAUUUCUACUGACUUAUUAUUUAAUUAAUAUAUUAUUUGAUAGUUAAUGUAUGUAAUUAUUUACGUACUUUAAUGGUAUUUCUUUUGCGUAUUUGUUUUUUUUACAUUUAAAAUAACAAAAGCAGAGUGGGCGACACACAAAGUAUUUACAAUUUUCAUUACAUGGAUACACGAUUACUUCGUUAUAGUUGUAAACAUACAUAUUACUUAACUUAUUAUUAUUAUAUCAUAUAAUAAUUAUUAAUAUGUAUAAAUAUUUCAAGAUAUUACACGAUAUAUUGUUACUAAAUUUAAAUUAAUAGUAGUUAAAUUUACAGGCUUACGCUGAAUAAUCCAUAUUAUUAAUCAUAAUCAAAUUUAUCAAUUCUUAACAGAAAAUGAUUCAUGUGAGUCGAAAAAUUAGUCUCAUACUUUAUUAAAUUACUUUUAUUUUUAGUCUUAGACGUAAACGUGAUCAAAAGUGAUUAUAAAGUAAAAUUGCACAGAAUUAAACAACAAAAAACAUUUACAUUUUUCUUUCAUUUAUUUUCUAUUGGUUUCUUAGUCACAAUUCUUAAAAAUUAAUUGGAAAAAUUCUCAUAAAAAAACUCUAAAGAUACAAUUUGUACCGAAUACGGAUUUUCAUAAAUAAUAAUAAUAAAUAAAAUGAAAUAAAAAAAAAAAAAAAAAAAA